AAGGGGCGGGGCUUAGCGCCAUUGCCAAAGCGACUGACAAGAUAGGCUAUCAUCACUUCUUUAUCAUCGAUAAAAAAUUUUUCCAGCAAAAUGUUCUUAAAAGACUAGUCUACACCACUAUAUGGUUGAAAAAUAAAAUUGAAAAAUAUUUUUUACCUCGGAAAUCAAGAUGGAAAAAGAAAAGCCUAUCUAAGUAGUGUAUUAAAAUAGGAAAUUGAUGAUGAUAUUUGCAGCGAAUCUCAGUGGUGAUUUUCUCAACCAAAAAUCAAACUGGUAUCUAACAAAUGCCUGCAGAAAGGUUUAGCAAUGAUAAUCAUUCAAUAAUAAUAACAUUAUUACUUACCUACUGAAGAAUUAUUUUCAGGCAUCUUCUUGAUAUAGGAAAUUACAUUACACUGCAGUCAAAAAGUGAGGAGGGGAACAUGUCCCCCAUCAUCUGCGCCUAUUAUCACAUGAUAUUUCAUAAGACAAGCAUCAUCAUGAAUAAUAUAAUCACAUGAUAGUAAUCACAAUAAUGAUCAUCAUUUGUUAUUAACUACGAUAGUAACCACGCGAAGAUAAUUACAGAUGGUUUGAUAUAUUGUUUAAUCAGUGGGUAUUAUUCUAGAUGGCGACUACACGCAGCCCUGGAAUCUGCUGGGAUUGAUAAUGGCCCAACAUCAUGACAUGAAGUUCUUGAUGCGGUUUUGUCUUCGUCUUACAAUAGGGAAAUACCCUGACAGCUUUGCUCUUGCCCUGUUGAAUGGUCAUCAUGCAUUUCAUAGGGGAAGUUACAAGUAUGCACUAGGUGAAUAUGUGCGAGGGUACAAAAUGGAUCCAGACUCUGCCAUGACAAACCUCUUCAUUGCUCUAACAUUCCUUCAUAUUGCUUGCCAAAAGUUUCCUACGAAGCGACAUAUGUUGAUAAUGCAGACAGUUGCAUUUUUAAAAGAAUAUGAAAAACUAAGAGGUGAUACCCAAGAAACCAAUUACAACAUCGGUCGUGCAAUGCAUCACUUGGGUCUGUUUCAUCUUGCAAUACAUUUUUAUAAUACAGUUUUAGAAGCAGCACCCUCUAUAAUUGGUGAUAGCACAUUUGAUCUGCGCAGAGAAGCUGCAUUUAAUCUAUCGUUGAUAUACAGAUCCAGUGGGAAUGACGAUUUAGCAAACCAUAUGUUGAUGACACACAUCGUGGUAUGACACGCACAAGUUGUUAAAUGGUUUCAGUUUAAAAGACAUGAUACAUCCACAUGGUUGAGUGGUAGAGCCUUUACAGUAGCUCAGUGGUGGCGCUCUUGAGGAAGCAUAGAGCCCUCCCGUCGGGGAACACAAGUAAAUUUUGUCGGGGAAUAAACAAAUAAAAGAAAAAAAAUGUACAUGUAAUGUUCGUUUAGCCACCACAUUGUUUUCAUAAAACUAUUUGAUAUUAUUAAUAAUAAUAAUAGUUCAAUGAGACUAGUUAAAAAUAAUUUGCGUUCUGUUAUGACAAAUGCUCAUUUAGAUAGCCUCAUAAUGCUUGAAAUAUAUAGUGAUUGUUGAAGCAACCUCGACCAUGACAGCGUGGUUGACAGAUUUCAUGCAAAAUUUACAAAAUGUAGAAUUUCACUUUCAAGAAUGAGGAUUUGAAAAUAAAUUUGAGGGUUACAUUGGAUAUGCUUUGUUUCUUCGUUUUAUUCAGAAUGUUUUGGUUUUGGAAGCUGAUUUCGACAUUAGAAAACAGCGUCUACAUGAAAGUCUUAUUAUAGUAACUCGAUGCCUAUCAAAAUAAUAAAAAUUCGCCAUAAUUCGUCAAA